ACUCUGUCCACUCCCGAGUGCAACCUUUGCUGAAGCGAACGAACUAUCGGAGCAUCAACAUGUCCUCUCCUUCCAGCUCGCCUCUGAAGAGGAAGAGGAAAACUGGCCCCACGGUGUCAGCGCGCAUCCUGAAGGCCGUGUCCGCGUCCUCUCAGCGGGGCGGCGUGUCCCUGGUAGCCCUCAAGAAGGUCCUGAAGGCCGGGGGUUACGAUGUGGUGAAGAACAAGGUCCGCAUCCGCACCGCCAUCAAGCGUCUGGUGACCAAAAAAUCUCUGGUCCAGAGCAAGGGCUCCUACAAAAUCAACAAAAAGGCCCCCGCGGCCCGCAAGAAGAAGGUGGUGAAAAGGAAGAAGCCCAAGACUAAGAAGAAGACCGCCGUCAAGAAGAAGGCAGUCAAGAAGUCACCUAAGAAGAAGAGAAAGGCAAAGAGCCCCAAGAAAGCCAAGAAAGCUGCUGGGCCCAAAAAGACCAAGAAGCCCAAGUCAAAGAGUCCCAAGAAGCCCAAGCGUAAAGCCGCCAAGAGGGCCAGACCCGCCAAGAAGUGAACACUGCUCCGUCCUGGAGCCCGAGGCGUUUCUGCUGUGUGGACUAUGACUGCAUCUAACUCACCUGAGUUUUCUUUGGCUAUUUCCAUUUUUUCUAUAGUAGAAAAAAACUGAACUUGCUUGUUUUACACUCUUAUUUUACUCUCUCUCCCUCUCUCUCUCUAUCUCUGUCUUUCUCUCCCUGUCUCUCUCUCUGCUGUGGUCUUUAAUUGACUAAAAUGCAUUUCUGAAAAAAUAAAAUCAUUUUGAUUUAAAGAA